UUUUCCGGAUCUUUCUCUCUACUUACAUCUUUUUCCCUUUUUGUUAAAAACCCUAAUUUUAUUUUCAUCUUUCAGUUUGCAGAUUAGCCCAAUUUUUUGUUAUCCUCAUUCUCAGAUCACCAUGGCCAAAAGCUCCUUCAAAUUGGAACACCCUCUUGAGAGGCGACAGGCAGAAGCUGCUCGUAUCAGGGAGAAGUACCCUGAUAGAAUACCGGUGAUUGUGGAAAAGGCUGAAAGAAGCGACAUCCCUGACAUUGACAAGAAAAAGUAUUUGGUUCCCGCAGAUCUGACCGUUGGGCAAUUUGUGUAUGUUGUUCGCAAGAGGAUUAAGCUCAGUGCUGAGAAGGCCAUUUUUAUCUUUGUGAAAAAUAUCCUCCCCCCUACAGCUGCCAUGAUGUCCGCCAUUUAUGAGGAACACAAGGAUGAGGAUGGCUUUCUGUACAUGACCUACAGUGGCGAGAAUACCUUCGGAUCCUUCUAAAGGUGCAGGCAAACCGCACUAUGUAAAUACGUCUUAAGAAACCGUGUAAAUACUUUAAUAUUAGCUACUCGUUGGAAUUAUCUUUCUACCAAGAUGCUGUGUUGGGUUGACAUUGACCGGUUUAUGUAUCUACUACCUUUAUGGAGAUGCUCAUUUUCUGUUUUGCUAAA